AGUGUCUCAUAGAGAGUGGGACAAUUGUGGCGUCAUUCACAGAUUUUGAUUGGAGCAAUGUGCACGUGUCCAAACGUUACAUAGGGAGAUAUGGAUAUGCAGCUUUUCUCAAAAAACAUGAGCAACAUACAUCAAUUAAAAACUAAACAAAAAUAAAAUUGUGCAGUAACCAUAAACUUUACAUAUUAUAAAAUCGCCACGGAAGAUAUUGCUUACGCAAUAUAAGAACUUGUUCUUAAAAUAGUUAGUAGUGUACAAAUACUUAAUUUCCGCUGAACUUGAAGAAAUAAAAACUGAAAGUAUACAAACCAAAAAAUGCAUAUUCACCCAAGUUCACCAAAUUCCGACUUUGACGCUGCAGUUCAGACGGAGGAAAAUGCUGCCAUUAAAAUACAAGCUGGAUUUCGUGGAUACCGUGUAAGAAAGCAAAUGCAUCAUCAGCCUCAAACCAAUGCACUGCAACAUUUCCAGCAGCAGUCUCCGGAACAGAGCAUAAAUAGAACUUCACAGAAAAUCAAUCAACCCACAAAUUCAUACAGUUCAUCGCCAGAUCUAGAAAGUAUCACACAUGAAGAUCGAUAUGCAACUAAAAUACAAGCAGGUGUUCGAGGAUAUUUGGUACGCAAAAAACAAAAGAUUGCUACGGAAGCAGCAACAAAAAUCCAAGCGAGCUUUCGUGGUUUUAAAGCGCGCAAGGAGACACAAAAAAUGAAACAGAAUUAAAACUAUUUU